AUUGGAAGAGAAUCCGACCUCCCAGGAAACGGAAGCUGAAAAAUUGACAACUCAGAGCGCGGUGCCUUUGUUAUUAUUAUUGACAUUUUUUAUUUGCUAUUAAAUAGCAAUAUUCACCUGAAUCAUUCCGAUUACCCCAAUCGUUCAGUUUAGAUUGACUACCUUUCAAAUUAAAAUUGUCUCAACAAAAAGAGUUCAGAUUUCUCAACAAUGCCGGAGGCGCCCCGAUCCUGGAUUGCAUCGCAUGCCGUACCCUGUGAUCUUGAAUUGUGAGAUAAAUUCCCGUGUGGUUUAUAUCGGUGUAUAUAAUUUUCAAUUGUGUGCUGUCGGACGGUGUGAUGUCGGUGAUCGGAGGAGCGUGAUACUUUCUACCGGAUGAAAGGCUGUCAAAAAUGAUAUUAACGUAUGUUGCGAUGGCGGGUAAAAUGAUUUAAAAAAUAUUUUUGACACGGUGAGUAAACAACGCUUUCGGAACUGCUCGGUACUAAUCUUCAGUCAGCGUGCUCGGUGACACACGAGUUGUUUAUAAGCUGGAAGGGCGAGAUUUGAACAGAAUAAUGAAAUUAAACCUCAUACUGCAGAUACGUGCAAUCCACAGUUAUAAAAUCAGAAUAUUGGAUACACAGACUAGUUGGGCUAGAGCUCCGAGUAGUUAAGUGCCCUGAAACAAAGAAAAGCGGAGAAAGGACAGUGAGUUUGAAAGUAACUGCAGAAGCUUGUCAAAAGUACAUAUAAAACGUUAUUCACGUCAUGGAUAGAAGACGCAUUGUUGAUGAAACAAACAAAAUACAGGGAUUCAAGCGAUCUUUGGAACCAGAGAAGAUUAUCGGAGUUUCAGACUGCGGUGGCGAGUUGAUGUUUUUGAUGAAAUGGAAAGGAACGAAUGAAACAGAUUUGGUGUCUGCAAAAGAAGCCAACAUUCAGUGUCCCCGAGUUGUCAUCCAAUUUUACGAAGACAGAUUAACUUGGCACCCGACAAAACCUAGCUCAAACUAGGUCGUAUAGAGUUUUGUUUGUUAAAUAUUUUCAAAUGAUCAAAUCAGAUUAAGUAUUGAGAAUGUAAAACAUAGUUUCACAGUGGGGAAAAGAGAAAUCUCAGAACUCUUCACUAUGUUUUAGACGAAUCUCAAAUUAUGAAUUUAAUUGCAAUGAGUGAAACCAAAUACUUAGCGGCAAUGCCUCAACCACCUUCAGACCAGGCUGGUGCGUCUUCGGUGGGAGGGCGAUGCUCCCCUGUUCCACCCAUGUUUCUUCUCGGACGAUUCUAAUUUUCACCGGCCUCAUCUCCCCUGGCCCAAGCGGUACGUUUACUAGCUUCGUCCUUUUAUCCAAAGCACGUGAGCAGCUCAUCCGCAGGUUCUUCUCCUUAGUGCUACCGCCUGAAAAUAAAAGACCGUUAAAAUCAGCGCGAAACACAGCCGCCACCAGACAUCCCAACACUCACCUAAAUCGGCUUGGCACCGGCCGCUUUUGUUUUCGCCUGAAAUUGUUUCAACCGUAGGGUUUGCUCCAAUGGCCAGGAUAGCACAAAGGUUGUGAAGUUUUGAUUACAAAAAAUAUUCAAUAAGUAAUAGUUUUGAUUUGACAUCAAUGGACCAGUCCUUGAUAUCCCCGUCGAUAUCGACUAACCAUUAGUACAUUAUUAGUAUGGUAAUCCACCAUGUGUAUAGCUGCUGCGUGUAUAAAUGUUUCACGGACCAUUGAUUUAUGAAUACCAUAGAUCAAAUUUUAUUAUUUUAUGUAUAGACAAUUACAAAAAUAAGAAUAAAUAUUAAAUAAUUAUAAUAUCAAA